AUGGAUACCAAGAUGGGAAACAAUAUCAAUCCCGCUCGAUGGUCUGAUGGUCUCGGACAAGCUCGCAAGCGGUCCAAGUUGUGGCUGACAGCAAGUGUUGCAGCACUUUACUUGACAUGGACGGCGGUAUGUACGAACUCACAGUUCUGUGUUCUACUACCUACUGACCAUUCUAGUAGANAGUUGUUCGCUGCAAAAUCACAGUUUGAUCGUGUGCAGCAAUGUUCAAUAGACAACUUGCACAAAGACCUUUACUUCUUGGAAAAUGCGCGUCCGAUCAAAACGCAAGAGUUUCUGGACAGACGCGACAAUCUAGCAAAGGCUUUGCAUGUUUCUGGAGUUGACGGAUUCGUUAUUGAGCCAGGAUAUACAUUCCAAUACUAUGCCAACAUCUCUCAACCACAGUGGGAACCAUGGGAGCCCACUGUCAAUACUAGUACAGGGGAAGUCAAAGCCAAAACCUCCUUCUUGAGUCCACACUUCGAAGAAGGCAGAGUGAGAAUGCUUGGUAUCCCUUCAGAAGGCGAACUCGACAUCAUCGUCUGGGAAGAACAUUGGAAUCCUUACCAAACGCUCAAAAACAGUCUUUUCCCUGACAAGAAUGCAACCCUCAUGGUUGACGAAGAGAUCCGCGAUUUUCUUGUGCGUGGACUUGAUGCUAAUGGCUUUAAGACAGUCGGUCUUGGUGGUGAAGUGGAAGCUGUGCGCCAAGUGAAGACUCCUGCAGAGGUCGAGUUGUUGCGAGCCGUCAACACUGGCACUAUCGAAGGCAUCAGAUCAAUGCGACCUUGCCUAGAGCCCGGAUUGACGGAGAAUGAAGUGAUUCAGAUCCUCGACAACACUUUGAAGACCAUUGGAUUUGAUCUCUUCUUCGAUAUCGUGUUGUUUGACAGCAACGCGGCUCUUCCUCACGGAGGCUUUGCAACUGGAGACAAGGUUCUGACUCAUGAAACGAUGGUCUUGAUCGAUGCUGGUUAUCACUACAUGGGCUACUCAUCUGAUGUCUGUCGAAGCUUUUUCGUUGACCCUCCGAAGGCGUCUUUACUUCGUCGUCUGCUUCGUCUACCUGCACCAGAGGUACAGAAGAACGAGCUCCACGCAGAGAAACUCAGGGUGUGGGACAUCGUUCUAGAGGCUCAGACAGAAGCCGGCAAGAUGUUCGUACCGAACGGAACAGCAGCCAAUGUAGACAUUGCAGCGAGAAAGGUUAUCGAUGACGCUGGCUACAAGGGAACCUUUACCCAUCGACUUGGACAUGGCAUUGGUAUCAAAGCACACGAAUCUCCUUACCUCAACAAGGGCAACCAUGAAACCCUGCUUCGUGCGGGGAUGACAUUCACUGCUGAACCAGGAAUCUACUUGGAAAACAAGUUUGGGGUCAGACAUGAAGAUAUCUACCUUGUCAAGGAGAAUGGACCGGCGGAGGUCAUCAGUGGAAAACGUGCUGUGUCGCCUUACGAGCCUUGA